AUGGCCGCCCUGCUUGAGCCCUUCCUUCCUGAACGGCGCCCACGGCCUCCGCGCUACAUGGCCCAUGCUACGCGCCAAUUGACGUCACGACGCCGCUCACACACACCAUCACCGUCCCUCCCACACCAAGUACAUAGCAUCGCCGUCCCUCCCACACCUAGAACGCACCAUCGCCGUCUCUCCCACACCAAGCACGCACCAUCGCCGUCCCUCCCACUCCAAGCACACAGCAUCGCCGUCCCUCCCACUCCAAGCACGCAGCAUCGCCGUCUCUCCCACACCAAGCACACAGCAUCGCCGUCCCUCCCACUCCAAGCACACAGCAUCGCCGUCCCUCCCAAAACAAGCACACAGCAUCGCCGUCCCUCCCACACCAAGCACGCAGCAUCGCCGUCCCUCCCACAGCAAGCACACAGCAUCGCCGUCCCUCCCACAGCAAGCACGCAGCAUCGCCGUCCCUCCCACACCAAGCACGCAGCAUCGCCGUCCCUCCCACACCAAGCACACAGCAUCGCCGUCCCUCCCACAGCAAGCACACAGCAUCGCCGUCCCUCCCACACCAAGCACGCAGCGUCGCCGUCCCUCCCACAGCAAGCACACAGCAUCGCCGUCCCUCCCACACCAAGCACGCACCAUCGCCGUCCCUCCCACAGCAAGCACACAGCAUCGCCGUCCCUCCCACACCAAGCACGCAGCAUCGCCGUCCCUCCCACAGCAAGCACGCAGCAAGAGGAGCCGCACACAGAUAAAAGCCCCAACCCUCCGGUAAACAAACAUGCAGAGCGCAGAGGUACACACUCCCGCUCUCAGCUCAUACAGAUGCUGCAGAUCAGUCUGGAGAGGAACUGA